CUAGUUUUAUACACUCAUUCCAAAUAUCUUUUCAUUAUUUUCUAUUUUCCUCGCUACUUCCAGCAGAUCCCUCGUUUCCCCCCCCUUUUUUUCUCUCCAGAAAAGAAAAGAAAAAGAGAAACUCUUUUCGCUGCAUUGUUGCGGUUGAUAUUUGCCGCGUUUCGUGGAUCUACAAUCGCGGCGAGCUGCAUUUUCUUAAUCUUCUCUUUUUCUAGGGCUUUUUACCCGUUGCUUUUUAAUUUCAUUUUUUACCGCUCGGCGCAGUAGUGUAGCAGCUUCAGUUUUGUUUGGUUUAUGAGGUGUGGUGUUUCGCGCGGAGAAUGCGACGGCGGAUAAUGGUCCGGUGGAACCUUAGGAAUCUCCGGUGGCUGUCCGGCGAGGCUCCAGUUGGUAUCUGUUUUUGACGAUGGUUGUUUUGGACUCUGGUUCGCCGAGAGAAGAUGCCUGAUUUGACUCUGUUCCUGUUGCUUUUUGUUUGCUUACUCAGCUUUCUCUCUUGUUCCUGUUUAGGGCUGCAAAUAUUCUUGUAUCCAUUACAACCAGUGCAUCGGUUGUCUGUAGUGGAAACAAUAGUUGACCGCGCAGCUAGGUCUAUUUCAAUGCGUGGACUAUUGUCUCAACCAAGAUCACCCCAAGAACAUGUUAAUCCUUCUUUUGGACCUUCUACUGCACCUGUGCCUUCUCCUAUGUAUCAAGUUCCUGUGUCUAGCCCCAAUAGCCGCGUGACAUCCAGACAUCAUCAUCAUGGUGGUCACCGUCGCCAUCGUCAUGUUAAACCUCGAGCAGAUGCUCCAUCACCUUCAGAGCAAGGUUGCGAUCAAGUUUGUGUGGAGCCACUUACUGCUACCCCUUUUGGUUCACCUUGUGGCUGUGUUUUCCCAAUGAAAGUCGAACUUCUUCUAACUGUAGCUCCUUAUGCUGUUUUCCCUGUGAUGAAUGAGCUAGAGAUUGAGAUUGCUGCAGGCAUAUAUUUGCAACAAAGUCAAGUGAAAAUAAUGGGUGCCACUGCGGAUACUCAAAAUCAGGAGAGAACAUUGGUAGAGAUUAACUUGGUUCCACUUGGAGAGAAGUUUGAUAAUACAACAGCAGUUCUUACAUAUGACCGUCUUUUGCAUAAAAGACUAUCUCUAAAUUCAACUCUUUUUGGAACAUAUGAGGUGGUAUCCAUCAGUUAUCCAGGAGUUCCAGCUUCACCGCCGUAUGGUCAUAUUCUUGGGAGUGGUCCAACUGGAAGUACAGGAGAUCUGCCAAUCACAGCUCAUUUUGUUAGCAAGAACCAAAAGAUGAACAUCAGGAUCAUUGCGAUUAUUGUUUUAUCUGCUUUUGUGCUCUUUUUGGUUUUUGCUGGAGCAAUCUCUGUCCUUAUAAAAUGGAGGAAGUUUGGAAGACCAUCAAAUGCUGUUGGUCCGGCGUUUCCUUCCUCUUUGAACAAAAGAUCUGGCAUUGGUUCUAUCUUGUCAAGCAGUAUGGCAAGCUCUCCAUCAAUGUCACUCAUUUCCGCCAUGGCUACUUGUUCUCUCCCAGUUAAAAAGUUUACACUUGUUGAGCUUGAGAAGGCGACAAACAAUUUCAAUUCAAUGAGGAUUCUUGGUGAAGGAGGAUUUGGACGAGUUUACCGUGGUAUUAUGGAGGAUGGAAGUGAGGUAGCUGUUAAGUUACUUACUAGAGAGAAUCAGAAUGGGGAUCGUGAAUUUAUUGCGGAAGUGGAGAUGCUAAGCCGAUUGCACCACCGUAAUCUUGUCAAACUUGUCGGUAUAUGUAUUGAAGGAUGCACGCGCUGCUUGGUGUAUGAACUUGUUCCCAAUGGAAGUGUGGAAUCACACUUGCAUGGUGUUGACAAAAACCAAGGACCUCUUGAUUGGGAUGCGCGGCUGAAGAUUGCCCUUGGAGCUGCUAGAGGAUUGGCUUAUCUUCAUGAAGAUUCUAACCCUCGAGUGAUUCACCGAGAUUUUAAGGCUAGUAAUGUUCUAUUAGAAGAUGACUUCACAUCAAAGGUCUCUGAUUUUGGUUUAGCAAGGGAAGCAACUGAAGGAAGCCAGCACAUUUCGACCCGCGUCAUGGGAACUUUUGGGUACGUAGCUCCUGAAUAUGCUAUGACAGGGCACCUACUUGUUAAGAGUGAUGUUUACAGUUUUGGGGUUGUGCUUCUUGAGCUUUUGACUGGAAGGAAACCCGUGGAUAUGUCCCAACCUCAGGGACAGGAAAAUCUAGUAACUUGGGCGCGGCCUCUUCUGAGCAGUCAAGAAGGUGUACAGCUGUUGGUGGAUCCUUCUUUGGCCGGAACAUAUGACUUUGACGACAUGGCUAAGGUGGCAUCCAUUGCUUCCAUGUGUGUUCACCCAGAGGUGACUCACAGACCUUUUAUGGGUGAAGUUGUGCAGGCUCUGAAGCUUAUAUACAACGACACCGAUGAAACUGGUGCAGAUUGCUGUAGUCAAAGGGAGUCUUCUGCCCCCGAAUCAGACUUUAAAGGAGAUUUUGCCCCUUCUGAUAGUAGUUGGUGGAAUGCUGGCGAGGUCAGCCCCCGGUUAACUUAUGGGCAGUCAUCAUUUCCUUUUGUCACAAUGGACUACAGUUCUGGUCAACUUGACGAGAUGGAGAACCGACCGUAUUCAGCUUCAAGUUGGGUCGGAGAUGGAACGUCUUUGCCAAUAAGACACGGUAACAGAUCAGGUCCAUUAAGAACGGUUCGAAGCAAGGUAAGCUAUCAUACAUUAAGAGGGAGCAUAAGUGAGCAUGGGGGACUGCUUCCAAGGCGAUUUUGGAGCGAUGCCAAUUGGGUUUGAUUGAGCAUUCCUUUUUUAAUUUUUGAAAUGUAAGCAGUCGAUGGUAGUCUAGCAUAUGGGGGAUGUUGAUUGAGAAGCAGAGACCCGGCGUUGGCUACUUGUUUUUCUUGAUUCCUUACCAUUCAGAAAAAUGGAGAUGUAAGUUGAAAAACUUGUUGGCUGCUUUUAUGGUUAUUUGGCAAAAAGUUUUAAAUUCUUGUUAUCUAAUGCCAAACCCAAUCCAAGGGCCACAUGUUCAUUU